CAUUAGAUUAUUCUUAUUCAUUGGGUAUAAUUAUUAGUCCUCAGUGGAGCAUAUUCAAGUGACAAGUCGGUGUUUUAACAAKCAUAAAKCUGAAAUGUCUCUUGUAACUCAUUGCGUUAUAUGUCAGAAAAAGUUUUCUACUACACGUGYUUUGGAUAAGCACAGCUUAACUACACAUGGAGAAGCGGCGACUAAAUAUAGCUUUUAUGAAGCCCUGAACAAUAAUCCUGUUCCUUUGCCUGCAGUAGAAAAGCUUAACACUCAAAUCUACGAUAAUUAUCUUGCUUGGCUGGCUUGUGUUACUGAACGAGUGAAUAGUACUCAUCACCCUAAAUGUGAAGCUCGAUGGGUCAAAAUUGAUGUCCCACAGACACCCGAAGAGUAUGCACGAMAUGUUUUAUGGAAACUUGAUUGCMAAGUUCACAGCAUUCGAAAAAUGCCACACUUGAAGCAGCCUAUAAUGGUUGCUAAUUCGAUGAGGUACUCAUACAAGAUUUUCGACGAGGAUGUUUUCGUCAAUCUAUUAAAUGAGCAGACAAACAUACCAGUUCGAAUGAAUGCGGCUUAUUCUGUAACUGGAAGAAUUGUAGAUGAAGAUCUCUACGAUGAAGAUGWCCCAAUUAAGGCUCUCGAAGCUGCUAAACAAAGGGGAAGACARGCACAGCAUAAUAAGUCAUGUAAACCGAAAUUGCGUAGUUCCAUAGUCAUCGGCGAGGGAGAAGGACGGCGUACCAGAGAAUUCGAAGUGCAAUGGUGGCCAGACCUCUAUAAGGGAUUCGUUUGGCAAGAUGUCCUUACGUUUUUUUGUAAACAAAAUAGAGCUAUAAACGUUGUACGUUGACUGAUUUACCAUACAUAAAGUAAAAAAAAAUGUUUUUAUUCAAGGUGCAGAACAAAGUGUAUUUCGCUUUGAUCGUCUACUUGUAUGUCUAUAUUAUAUUUUUAUAUUGACACUUUUGUUAUUUACACAUUAUAAGAAAAGCUCAACAGUGUCGUGAUA